CCACAACACCAAGGAAACAAGCACACCCUGUUGUUUUCCUCGUAAGGCACAAAUACAAUCAGCUUCUUGUUUGCUUCCAAGAUCCUUGCUUUGACCCACAGCCUUGCAUGUUCAUCACCUGCAGCAUAUAUAUAUAUAUAUAUAUAUAUUGAGAAAGAGAGAGAAAGAGCCAGCAUCCACACACCCUCACGCAUACAGAGUUGAGUGGCAAAGAAAGAACAGAAAAGCAAGCAUGACUCAAGCUCAUUCCAAGUCAUGCUUCCAACAAUUUUGGGAUGGAGUUCAAGAUAAGAGGAGCAGCGACAGCUUCACGAUUGAGCUCCUGCCAUCUCUUGGUGCAACAAUAAAUCACUCUAACAAGUUGCAGAAGUUCAUCAUAUCUCCAUAUGAUCCCCGCUAUAGAUACUGGGAGUUGUUCCUUACAGUCCUAGUUAUUUACUCCGCCUGGAUUUGCCCAUUUGAACUAGCAUUCUUGAGGGACUUACCCUCUAAGCUUCUGCUAGUUGAGAACAUUGUCAAUGGCUUCUUUGCGAUUGAUAUUGUUUUGACAUUCUUUGUAGCUUAUGUGGACAGCAAAACACAUCUUCUUGUGGACGACCGAAAGAAAAUUGCAAUAAGGUACCUAUCAACCUGGUUCAUCUUUGAUGUAUGUUCCACAGCUCCAUUCCAACCAAUCAGCCUUCUGUUUUCACACAAGGGAAAUGACCUGGCUUUUAAGAUACUCAACAUGUUGAGGUUGUGGCGUCUUCACCGAGUCAGCUCGCUGUUUGCCAGGCUGGAGAAGGAUAUAAGAGUCAACUAUUUCUGGACUAGGUGUUCAAAACUUAUUGCUGUUACUCUGUUUGCGGUGCAUUGCGCGGGAUGCUUCAACUAUAUGAUUGCUGACAGAUAUCCUGAUCCAGAAGAAACAUGGAUAGGUGCUGUUAUGCCUACUUUCAGAUCGGAGAGCUUAUGGACUAGAUAUGUCACUGCCCUUUACUGGUCGAUCACAACACUGACAACAACAGGUUAUGGGGACCUACAUGCUGAGAACCCAAGGGAGAUGCUGUUUGAUAUCUGUUAUAUGCUGUUUAAUCUGGGGCUGACAGCUUAUCUUAUUGGUAAUAUGACCAACCUGGUUGUUCAUGGGACCAGCCGCACACAGAAUUUUAGGGACUCAAUCCAAGCAGUUUCAGAAUUUGCGGCACGAAAUCAGUUGCCUGAGAAGAUAAAGCAGCAAAUGCUAUCUCAUUUCUGCCUACAGUUCAAGACAGAGGGGCUCAACCAGCAAGCCAUGCUAAAUGAACUCCCAAAAGGAAUUCGUUCAAGCAUAGCAUACAACUUAUUCUUUCCAGUCAUAAAACGAGCCUACCUCUUUCAUGGAGUAUCCAACAAUUUCAUUGCAGAACUGGUAAUGGAAGUGCAAGCUGAGUAUUUCCCACCAAAGGAAGACAUAAUAUUGCAAAAUGAAGGGGCAGCAGAUAUUUAUGUAAUAGUUUCAGGAGCAGUGAAUUUGAUAACAACUGUAAAUGGAAAUGAACAGGUGUAUGGAAAAAUCAAAGAGGGAGACAUGUUUGGUGAGGUCGCUGCUCUGUGCGACUUACCCCAGCCGUUUACUUGCCGCACCACAACCCUUUCACAGCUCUUAAGAAUAAGCAAGAUUAGACUAACAGAGAUCAUUCAAGAACACAGGGAAGAUAUCAAUAUUCUAAUGAACAAUCUAUUCCAGAUGCUGAAGCUGCAGGAAAAUUUACCUGAACUGAAUCAACUAGACCGAAGAUUCAUGCACAAGUAUGAGCUAUUCCAUGUUCCUCGAGAAGCAUGUUUGUUACAUCAGCCAUUCCUACAAUACACAGAACACAAAUGUGAAGACAUUAGUAACAAGGUCCCAACUUUUGGUGUUGACAAUGGUUCAACAAAAUUAGUGGCAGAAACAAUCCAAUUGAGGAAGCCACAGCAAGAAAACAUUCAUGACCAAUCAAACUGCAAUUAUGGGGAAGCAGAUGUGAUGGCAAGCAAAGAAGAGGAUCAUUGUGAGGUUCACAAAAGCUGUGAGACCAAAAAAGUAACUGAAGAGUUCUGCAUUCAGAUAAAAUCUGAAGAUAGCAAUGCAGCAAGCAGUUGGCAAACAAGCAAUGAAACGGUGAAGAAAAGAGUUACAAUUCACGCAUAUCCUCAUAAUGCAACAGGUUAUUUAGUACAGAAUGGGAAGCUUAUCAAUCUGCCUGGUUCACUGGAGGAGCUUUUGGAAAUUGGAAGUAAGAAGUUUCCAGGUUUCCACCCUACAAAACUUGUCAGUAGAGACUAUGCUGAAAUAGAUGACAUCAGUGUUAUUCGAGAUGGUGAUCACCUAUUCCUUUUUCAGAUGUAUAACCAAAAUAGCAUUAACCUAACCUAGACUAACCUAACAACAAAGAAGACUUCAUGUUCUCCAAUCUGGCAAAAGCAGCAGAUGCAAAUCAGGAUGUGCAAGUGGAGAAAUGAAGAGGAAAGACAUUUUUACCCUUUUUACUAAUUGUUUGAUCAUUUCUGAAAUGAUGUAAACAUCUACUAUUGCACAACAAGCUCCGCAGUUGCAUGCAAAUGUCAACAGCAUUUGGCCAA